AUGGUUCAAGACCUUACUGAUACCGCGCAGAUUCCUACACCCCGCUUCCUCAUGCCGUCCACCUCGUUAGCCCUCACACCGGGCUUGGGGUCAUUUCUCCAAUGUCUCAAAACGAACCCGAUCGAUACUUCUAUUGAGACUCUGAUAUCAUUGCUCAAGCGACGUCAAAUCCGUCAUUCGCGCUCAUGCGCCACAGCAACUGCCUGCCUACUUCGUGGCGUCAUCACAUCAUGCCGUACAAAUGAUUCAGCCAAGCUCAUCGAGCGGGUUCAGAACGUAGGAAGGCGGUUGAUGGCUGCGCAACCGCGAGAGAUGGUUGUGGGAAAUAUCGUGCGUCGGGUUCUUGGUCUCAUUCGUGACGAGGCCGAAGAUGAUCGCGAAGCUGAGUUCGCCCUCGGUGAGGUAGGCUCGGAGAGCCAGCCCCAAACACCACGUGCAUAUGAUGACCCGUCCCUGCCUUUGGACCGUGAUUCUCCUUCGCUCCGCGAUGACAGGACCACUCGUCCUCCUCUUACCUCUAUGUUCAGUCUUCUCUCUCAGCCUGAACCCGAGAAUUCUCUUCCUAGCACACCAGGAUCUGUUUCGCCAGGCGGACGCCUGUUUUCCCACGGAUCAUCCAAGGAUGUACGGUCUGAGGUGAUUGAGGGUAUCAAAGAAAUCAUUGAUGAGUUGGGUCAGGUCGACGACCAGAUUGCCGCGUAUGCUCUGGACCACAUCCACUCUAACGAAAUCAUUCUCACACACACUUCCUCGACAACCGUCCAAAAAUUCCUGCUCAAAGCCGCUGCCAAGCGCAAGUUCACUGUGAUUCAUGCUGAAUCUUUCCCGAACAACCACGAAUCCGUACAUGCCACUGUCAGCGGUGCUUCCAUCAACGAAGACGACAACCUGGGCGUGGAAGCUUUCCAAAAGCCACUGAUCGAGCAUGGUAUCACCGUCAUUCUCAUCCCAGACUCUGCAGUCUUCGCUUUGAUGUCCCGAGUCAACAAGGUUAUCCUUGGUACACACUCAGUUCUCGCCAACGGUGGUCUUAUUGCGGCGGCCGGCACUCGUGUCAUUGCCCGUGCAGCGAAGGUCCACCAAACCCCUGUGGUGGUUGUGAGCGGUGUUUAUAAGCUCAGCCCAGUGUAUCCCUUUGACUUUGAUUCCCUCAUCGAGUACGGUGACCCCAGCAAGGUUCUCGCAUAUGAAGAUGGUGAUCUUGUCGAUCAAAUCGACGUUCAAAACCCCAUCUAUGACUAUGUGCCCGCUGAACUUGUCGACCUUUACAUCACCAACCUCGGUGGACAUGCGCCUUCAUACCUCUACCGUAUCGUCUCGGAUCACUACCGGAAGGAGGAUAUUAGCUUCUAG